UAUAUAUUCCUUUGCCUACUUUUAAGAAAUAUAUGAUUUUAAACAAAUGCUCAUGUCAUAUAUUGUCUGGUCUGUCUAGCCAAUCUCUGUGUUCUUACAGUCUCUGUUGACCUCAACCUGUACAGAUGUAAUUAAUGAAAACGUCUCUCCCAUCACAACCUCCUUGAAGAUGAUGGACUGUGAAACCUUGCUUUGAUCUUCGUGAGGCCUGUGGAAGGGCUGUCUCUGAACACCUGGGCAUGAGUGGUUUAACGAGAAUUGCUACCUUGCAUUUCAUCUCCAGGGUGGAUGUGUGAUGUCACAAGAUGGGGGAGAGUCCCUUGGAUGUACCCGAUGACCCCGGACAAGGAGCAGACGACUGUCGUCUCUGGAUUGGCAACCUGGACUCGAGAUUGACAGAGUUCACCCUGCUAAAGGUCGUCCAGCGUUAUGGUGACCUACAAAAGUUUGACUUCCUGUAUAACAAGGCUGGACCGGAGAUUGGAAAGCCACGUGGCUACUGCUUCGUCAGUUAUCACAACAGACAGAAUGCCGAGAAGGCCUUAAAAGCGCUGAAUGGCAAACUGGCAUUAUCAAAAAAAUUGAUAGUUCGCUGGGCACAUCAGGAAAAACAGAAAACCGACAUAAAUGCAAAGCUACCUGAGAAGAAUGUUCCACCUGACAGUGUUGAUGUGAAGAUACAUGCCAUCGAAGCCAAGCUAGAAGAAAUGUCAAAAACACAAAAGGACUUUACAAUAUCGAACAAAGUGGAAGCAGCCCCCGGGAGCAGUAAACUGAGCAUUGCAAACCCGGAAAACAUUCGUAAUCAGCCUGUGUUGAAACCCAAACCCUACUACAGAAAACACAGGAGAUGACUGUGUGAUAGCCCAAUCAGAUUCGGUGUUUGUGAGGCAGCAGUAAACAAUAUAAAUGUUAUUGCUGUUGUGGUGCGAUACGAAGACUUUUGUCAGUUGUAGAAGGAUAUCAGAGGAGUUUGCAGGAGAGUCCUGAUUGUGUU